AUCACUAAUUUAUACAAAGAGUGUAAAAUAGAGUACAACAAAAAAAAGUAUACUUAGCACUCCUCCAUUAUCGAUAAUCCAAUUCAAUUGAGUCACAUCCUAAAAUAACAAUCUAGUGCAAUGUAGUGUUGUGUUGUUCUUUUGUUCAGUGUAGUGUGUCCCAUAUCAAAAUUACUUCCAAACUUAAUACGCUACAUUACCAAGUCCAAGGCCAAGGCCAACUGAAGUGCUUCAACAUCGGUCCAAAAAUGGAGAAACAACGUAAGCGCAGUAGGAGCACAAUCAAGAAAAAUCGAAAGAGGAAAACCGAUGAAUCCUGUACGCGCUACAAUGGCGUCCACCUCCAAUAUGCCUCCGAUUUCGACGCCCUCUUCUCCAUUUUAGUCGCAGCCCUAGCUAAUUUCCACAAACAACCAUCUCUCCUACCCUUAAUCAACAAAAGCUUAGCCAAACUCCGUCGCUCGCACAUCCAAACCCCAAUUAUCUCUCUCCUUCCGACUCUUCUCGCCUCCAAAUACACCUCAAUCGCGUCUUGUGGCGCAGACAUUGUGGGGUCGGCAUCGCUGUUGUCGCUGGAGAUGAAUGAAGAAAUUGCUUCGGAUAGUGAGACCGUAAAGGCUUUGGUCUCAGCCUUGGGGAGUCCGAAGAGGAGAGUUUUAAUAGCGGCUUGUAAUGCUGUUUUGGAUGUUGGUACAACUUGUAUUGGACGGAAACGGCUUCUGCAUUUUUGUGCUCUUGAGGCUCUUAUAUUGAGAUUCUUGCAGGUUCCCAAGUGUUCAACUACUUCAGUUCCUCUAUGCUUUGCAGAGAGGAAGAGUUUCUGUAUGAAGGUUGGAUGUAAGGGUGAUGAGCUUUCUGUACUACUUCUCAAUGGUGCAAUCAACCUAAUAAACAUGUGCAACAUUGAACAACUGGAAAAAAUUCCAGGAAAGUUGUCUCAAUCUUUCUUGGCCUCUCUAAGGAAUCUCUGGGAACAAGUUCAUAGCCAAAUGUUUUCCUGCAACCCUAUGAAAUUCAGCCAAGUGGGACUCUUUAGUAAUAGCUACAUUAAAGUAGAAGAUCUAGCAGAAAGCAUCUUUAGGCUAUCCAUUAAAAAUGAUUGUCAUUUAAUCAGGCCUCUGCCAUGUGAGAUGGUUCAAAGAUAUAUUUUUGAUUCGAAUGGGUCCAAUUUUAAUGAUUUUGUGUUAAAACAAUGGGAAUCAUCACCCAUUUUUUUACGGACUCUUUCCAAUGCUUCAGUUGAGAAGGGUGAAAUUUUCUCUCCGUUCCUACAAUUUCUAAAUGCUACCAAACCAUUUCCCUCUUUCCUUUCUUCUAUCCUUAAAACUAUGGUAUCUUGUAUCCCGAUUGCUUCAGAUGAACUAGACAUUCUAACUUUCUUGAAGGAGGUAAAGGAUAAAUUGGGUUGUCCUAUAAUAUACCAGCAAGACAUAAGGGUUCUGAGAACAAACAGAGGUUUGCAAAGUGAGGAGCAUUUCUUCAACUUUGUUUCAAGCUCUCCAUGUGCAGAGGUCAAUAUUUUAAAAUGCGAAGAGGCCUUUAAAGAGGGUUACACAAUUGCUUUACGUGGCAUGGAAUUUCGCUUUAAAACUAUCGCUGCUAUUGCGGAUGAAUUAGCAUCUAUGUUUGGUCAGCCAUCAGUAGGUGCCAAUAUGUACUUGACACCACCAAAUUCUCAGGGCUUGGCAUGUCACUAUGAUGAUCACUGUGUUUUUGUAUGCCAACUUGUUGGGAGUAAGCAAUGGAAGGUAUUCUCUCAGUCAAACAAGCAGUUACCUCGUUUGUAUGAUCCUCUUGAGAAAGCUGACUGUCCAGUAGCUGGAUGUGAACUUUUUUCAUUGAGUGAAGAUGAUGUUCUGUAUAUUCCCAGAGGCUUUUUUCACGAGGCCUGCACUGAAACUGGUUCCGGGACUGCUGGAUAUUCCUUGCACCUGACUCUUGGUAUUGAGGUGGAGCCACCUUUUGAGUGGGAAGGAUUUUUCCAUGUAGCACUGUGGAAUUGGAACCUAAAGAAAAGGCAACAUUGUUCUGGUUCUGUCUAUGAUGUGGGUGUGGCUUUGUUACAUGCAGCAAUUGGGCUGAUUGGUGAUUCUGAUACUUCGUUUCGAAAGGCUUGUUUGGUUGCUGGAAUUUCGUCAUCGGCAUGUUCCAGUGAUUGGCAUAAUUUGAACCUGGAAAUUUUUCACUGUUUGGUUGAUAAAAUCGAUACUGGAUCAAAGUUUUCUGAAGCCUUAAGUAAAGUGGAACAUGCCCUUCAAAAAAACGAAGAUCCCUUUCAACGGAUUAGAUGGCUCCAGAUUUUGGGUGACAAAACAAAUGAAGGCCUUGAUUGUUACAUGCCGUUUAGGGAAAUCAUGAACUCGUUUCCAUUAUUGGCUCAAGACAUAUACGAGAUUGAAUGUGUAUUCAUGCAGAUAAAAUCUAGGUUUUGCUCUCAGAUAAUAUUCGAAGAUGUAAAGCAGAGCUAUAAGAAGCUGCUUGAAAAGUACAAGAAAGUCAGAAAACAAUAUAAGAAUGGAAUGAUUUCACUGCAUUAUGGAUCAUGAUUAUUACUUUUUAUCUCAAUGUCCAUGAUUAGUUACAAA